AUGCAGAGCUCACUGAAACCACAGUCCGCCGCCUGCUCCGGACACAGCGCCGUGAUCCCGCCACACAAAGGCACUUGGGUCCCGUUGUACCGCCAUCUCGGGCCGUGCUCGCCGGCGGCGGCAUCUACCUGCGCGGCGAAGGCGAGGCCACCGCCGUCAUUGGCCGACCUGCUCCGCCAGGACCAGCUCCGCGUCGACCACAUCCACAGGAGGCUGUCGUCGUCGUCCGAAGGCAUCCGCGUGAGCAAGCAGGCCGGUCCCGUCAAGGAACCGGUGCGUUCCGAGGUGAUCCACCUCCACGACCAGCCGGUUAUCCAAGUCACAAUCGGCUCCGAAAGGAAGACCUCCGCCGGCGGCGGCCAGCAAAGCCAGGCGGCGGGAGUUGUCCAGACGGUGGUGCUGGACACGGCCAGCGACGUGCCGUGGGUGCAGUGCCACCCCUCCGCGUCGGCGACGGACAUCACCUCCUCCUCCUCCUACGACCCAGCUAGGUCGGCCACGUACACCGCCUUGGCGUGCAACUCCGCGGCCUGCGCGGAGCUUGGCCGCCUCUACCGCGGAGCCUGCGUCAACAACCACUGCCAGUACCGCGUCCCUAUCCCCAGCUCCCCCUCCUUGUCGUCGUCGUCGGGCACCCACGCCGAGGCCAAGCAGGGCGAAGAAGGCAGCUUGGACAACGCAACCGCCGGAGUCAUGGCGCUGGGCGGUGGCCCGGAGUCGCUGGUGUCCCAGACAGCGGCCACAUACGGGAGCGCCUUCUCGUACUGCAUCCCAGCGACGGAGAGCCGCCAGCCGGGGUUCUUCGUGCUCGGCGGCAGCGGUGACCCCUCCGCUGGCGCCGGGUAUGUGGUGACGCCCUUGCUCAGGUACGCGCGGGUGCCCACGUUCUACCGCGUGCGCCUCCUGGCCAUCGCCGUCGACGGGCAGCAGCUCAACGUGACCCCCUCGGUGUUCGCCGCCGGCUCCGUGCUGGACUCCCGGACGGCCAUUACCCGGCUGCCGCCGACGGCGUACCAGACGCUGCGCGAGGCGUUCAGGAGCAGGAUGGCCAUGUACAGGGAGGCGCCUCCGCAGGGGAACCUCGACACCUGCUACGACUUCACCGGCGCCUUCUUAGUCAUGGUGCCAAGGAUCGCGCUGCUGUUCGAUGGGAACGCCGUCGUGGCGCUGGACCGGCAGGGGAUCCUGUUCCACGACUGCCUCGCGUUCACGUCUAACAGCGACGACCGCAUGCCUGGGAUACUUGGCAACGUGCAGCAACAGACGAUGGAGGUGCUCUACAAUGUCGGCGGCGGCUCCGUCGGCUUCCGCCGCGGCGCGUGCUGA